AUGCGAGCGAGGCGCUCUUCCAAGUUUGCCGAGUACCUCUCCACCUACGCCAUUCUCGGGCAUGUUGGCAUUCACCCGACGACGCUGAUUGAAAAGCGUGAUGCUGCAGUUGGGGUCGGUGUGUACGUGCGCGAUGCUUGCGACGCCGGAACCUCCCUCCUCGCCGUCCCGUCGAAUCGGUUCUGUUCCACUUCUGUGCUAUCGCGAGUAGGACUUAAGACCACCUUUUGCAACCCGUGGACGGCGGGCAGCGAAGUGCUUGCGACGGGCUCCGCUGAGUCAGCUUGUGACGUUCAAGGCGGCAUCCUUACUUUUCUCACAGGGAGUGCACAGUGGCCAGAGCUAGCAUGGAGACUCGCCCUUGAGCAGCACCGCAGCGUGUCGCCUCUCUGGGGAUGGCUGCAAAGCCUUCCGUCAGUGGAGGAGCUGACUGACCGUAAGGACGCGGCAGAGCGGCAGUGCCGAGUGCACCACACGAUGCUGCUGCCCUACUACCUCAAAGGACGCCAGCGCAUUCGAGAAGAGACGCGAGCCGCCUACGCGCAGCUUCGGCCCCAUAAUAUUCUACCGUGCUUUGACCGCUUUGCGUGGGCAGUAGACGUAAUCCUGUCUCGUGGACUGCUACUGCCGACAGCGUGGCCCGUCACUGCGGGUGCGUCCACGAACAGCGCGGCGGGCAGCGGACUAGAGGAAGGCAACAGCGACUCGCCGUCUGACUCGUCGCUCGAGUGCGGUAUUGUGCCUUUUCUGGACCUUGUCAACGCCCCAGACGACAUCGGCCGCGCGGUCAACGCAGAUAUCGAAGUCGCCACGUUGUUCGAGGACCUUCCGAAGUUCCUCAGAGACGACUUGGCGCCUGCCGCUGCCGCUAAAGAAUGCGGCAGCGACGAUGGAUGUGCAGAGGUGAAACGUGUGCUAGAGACGCACUACUAUCUCUGUCUUACCCUGCGGAAGCCGCUGCGUGCCUCUGAAGAGGUCAUUCUGGACUGGCACGUGCCCAUGUUGACGACUGGCGUGCUGGCGCCUGCUGACGACGCGAUUGUCAGUCGUUUUCUCAAGUACAUGUUUUAG